CGGGCUGAGGAGAGGCGUGCGGGGUCGCGUGGGUCCAGGUGGUUUGUUGGGCUUCGACAGCGUCCGUUGUUCCAGACCGUUUGCGAGAACGAGGCGCUGAGGGGGUCUCCGUGCUUCAAAGCAGCCUUUGCUCUCUCUCUCUUCCUUCCCAGCUCCGUGGGGUCCUCGACUUCGGGCAGCGUCUGAAAGGGCUUUUCUGUCCGCCCCGCCCCAGGUACCAACUGCUGACCAUGUCGUCAGAUGGUCCGGAUUCCCGUGUGGCAGAGCAGAAACCUUUAGUAGACAAAGAAGAGGCCAUCACUCGUCUCCUUCCUGAUAUCGAUGUCGACAUUCAAGAGGAGAUUCACAGCAGCCACGAUUUGAUCCAUACUUACCGCCAGCACAUCAUCAAUGACAUGAACCAAAGCAACCUCCACCUGUUUGUCAACUCUUACAACAGCCGAAGAGAUCUAGACAUCGAGCGUCCAGUUCCAGGAGUAAAUGUGAUUACUCUACA